CAGCGGGCCGCUGCUGAAACAAAAUGGCCGACAUGGAAGUGGAUUUACGGAGCAAGAGGCUGGAUAACGGGCCGGAGGAUUUGGAAAGUCCAGAGAAGAGUGGGAAUGAGGAUGAAAAUGGUGACAUGUCUGGGGAGGAUGAGGAGGAAGAGGGAGAGGAGGAAGCUGAGGUGAACGGAGAGAAGCAGGACGGCGGCUCGAAGCAUCACAGCAGUGCCAGUGGCAAACACAAGAAAAAGAAACACAAGCACCGUAGCAAGCACAAAAAACACAAACAUGCGUCUGAAGAAGACAAGGACCGCAAGCGCAAACAUCGACACAAACAUAAGAAGCACAGACGCAAAGAGGAGGCGUUCACCUCGCCCACUGGGGCCAUCAAUAAGAGGUCUGCGGAUGGAUCUCUUUCCCUUGAAAAUGCCACUCUUGAUGAUAGGGCUCUUCUGGAAGACCUGGAAAAACAGAGAGCAAUGAUCAAAGCCGAGCUGGACAGCCAGAUGAUGGAGGGUAAGGUUCAGUCGGGCAUGGGUUUGAUUUUACAGGGUUACAAUUCCGGAUCCGAGGAGGACGGAGAUGGAUCAAGAGCACGUAAUGGGGAGCAACGGCAAAGAGGUAGCGGUCGAACCCGCUCACCCAGGGACCAGAGUAGCAAGGGUGGUAAAUCCAGACGGGAGUCGACGGACGCCAGCAAAGCUGGUGGAAAACGUCGCAGCCAUUCCCGGGAUAAAGCAGGAAAGGAUGUUAAGCUUGACCGAACGACCAAAACUGCUAAAGAGACAGUUAAGGAGCGCAGUAAAUCCAAAGAGAGAAAGCGUUCCCGGAGCAGGGACAAAUCCAGGGAACGUGGUAGGAAAUCCCAGUCUCCAUCCAGCAGAAAGCGCUCCUCUCCAGAGAAAAAAGCUGAUCAGAAGGGACGUUCUGACCGACGCCCCUCCCCUCUUCGUACGGAUGAGAAAAAGGAGCAGGCCGGGGGGAGAUCUGGCUCACGGGGUCGUAAGAGCCGGUCACGAGAACGGCGGUCACGUUCCAAAGAUGCUCGGACUGGCCGCUCAGAGGCCGACAGAGAUAAAAGGCCCGGCAAGUCUCCCUCUAAAGACACAUCUUCUGGAAAAGAGAAUCGUUCACCUCAUCACAGACGAGCUGUGAGCCCUCAGCGGCGACGCAGUUCUUCCCCUCGCAACAGGGAGCGGCAAUCCAACCAGCCUCCUUCGGGUUCAGCGGAUCGGAGCGCCAAACUAAGCCACUCGCCAUCUAGGAAUAGAUCACCUGCCAGGAGGGCACGAAGUCGCUCGAAUGAGCGCAGGAGAGAUUCUCCUUUCAGGAAGCGUUCCCGUGUGGAUGCAGUCGGGAGAUCACGGGAGACAAGUCCAUCCCGACGCAGAUUGAGUCGCUCACCACUCAGGCGUAGAUCUGUAUCACCGCGUCGACAGUCUCGCCCAUCACCCAGAAGACGAAGUCGAUCCCCCUUAAGACGAAGAUCUGCUGAAAGGGAUCGGUUUGGUCGUAUCAGAUCACGUCGAUCCAUGUCCAGAGAUCGUGAGCGGAGGAGGAGGCGGAGCAGAGAUGAAGACAAGUUUAAAGGCAGCCUAUCAGAGGGAAUGAAAGUAGACCAUGACUCCUCCUCUGAAGAAGUUAUGGAAGAUUUUGAUGCCGAAGAAGAGGAUGAAGAGGCUCUGAUCGAGCAGCGACGACAACAACGGUUGGCUAUUGUACAGAAAUAUAAAGCAGGAAACGAGGAUAGUAACAUGGGUUCAAUGGCAUCAGAGCCGAGCAGUCCUCAGAGUAGCGCUCGUAGCCGAUCGCCUUCACCCGAUGACAUCCUGGAGCGCGUGGCAGCCGACGUGAAGGAGUACGAGCUGGAGAACUUGAACACCUUUGAGGCAAACAUCAAGGCCAAGCACAACCUGAUCGCUCAGGAGAAAGAAGGAGCAAACCCAAAGAAGCCCUCAGCUCCAGAUAUGUUUACUGAGUCGGAUGACAUGUUUGCUGCAGACUUUGAUAGUGCCAGGCUCAGGGCUGCGGGCAUCGGUAAAGACUUUAAAGAGAAUCCAAACCUCAGGGAUAACUGGACAGAUGCCGAGGGGUACUACCGUGUAAAUAUUGGUGAGAUACUGGACAAGCGCUACGAAGUGUACGGGUACACCGGCCAGGGUGUGUUCAGUAAUGUGGUCAGAGCAAGAGACACUGCCAGAGCCGGCCAGGAGGUGGCAGUCAAGAUCAUCCGCAACAAUGAGCUCAUGCAGAAAACAGGACUGAAGGAGCUCGAGUUUCUGAAGAAGCUGAACGAUGCAGAUCCCGACGAUAAAUUUCAUUGUUUGCGUCUCUUCAGGCACUUUUACCACAAACAGCAUCUCUGUCUGGUGUUUGAACCUCUCAGUAUGAAUCUGCGGGAAGUACUGAAGAAGUACGGUAAAGACGUAGGGCUGCACUUCAAGGCGGUGCGAUCCUACAGUCAACAGCUCUUCCUGGCCCUCAAACUAUUGAAACGCUGCAAUAUCCUCCAUGCUGACAUCAAACCAGACAACAUAUUGGUGAAUGAAUCCAAGACCAUUCUUAAACUUUGUGAUUUCGGCUCGGCGUCCCACGUCGCAGACAAUGAAAUUACACCAUAUCUAGUCAGCAGAUUCUACAGAGCACCUGAAAUCGUCAUCGGUAAGCAGUAUGAUUAUGGGAUUGAUAUGUGGUCGGUCGGCUGUACCCUAUAUGAGCUGUAUACAGGGAAGAUCCUUUUCCCUGGAUCCUCCAACAACCACAUGCUGAAACUGGCCAUGGACGUUAAGGGCAAGAUGCCCAACAAGAUGAUCCGUAAAGGCCAAUUUAAAGACCAACAUUUUGACCAGAACUUGAAUUUCCUGUACAUAGAAGUAGACAAAGUGACCGAACGGGAGAAGGUAACUGUGAUGAGCACCAUCAACCCCACUAAAGAUCUGCUCGCUGAUAUGAUCGGUGGUCAGAGGUUACCUGAGGACCAGAGGAAGAAAGUCAUGCAGCUCAAGGAUCUGUUGGAUGGAACCUUGAUGCUGGACCCAGCUAAACGCAUCACCAUCAACCAGGCCCUGCAGCAUCCCUUCAUUCAGGAGAAGAUCUGAUCAUAAUUCACCUCUGACAUUUGACCUUCCAUUAGAGCCAGAGCAGCUCUGCUGUUUCAGGACUGAGCCAUCAGACUUCAGCUCAGAACGUUGGCAAAACAUCACAAGACUUGUCGAUUUUCUAUUUUUAUUCGUUUUUUUCUAGUGGUUUUUGUUUUGCCCAGUCAUUUUUGAUUGAUCUCUCAGAAUGAACUUGUUUUAAUUGUAUAUACACAUCGUCAUUCGCUGAGAGAGAGAAGCAUGGAAGACGGUUAUCGGACUCUGUCUUAUUUCAUUUCAGAAGUUGCCGAACUGUGCAGAAGUGUUGAAAGGUUAGUUAUGUGGUACAAAUUGGUUAAGCUGUUUGGUUAAGAAGUGGUUUAGUAGGCUGCUUAUUUAUCGGUCUUUCUUCUGGUGACUGACUAAACAGCAACUCUGAUUGGCCUGUAGCAUUUGCUUGUAAGCUGUUUCGUAUCACCUCCUUGAAGAUUGGAUAUGAUGAACAGUCCAUCAUAUAAAAAAUGGUUUUGGUGCAUUAUGUACAUCACACUAAAAGAAUUCUGGUUUCUUUAAUCGACAAAAAAAAUACCCGUCCUGUUACCCAAAUAUACACACAUUUUAGCCAUAUAUAUUAUGUAGGACUUAAUUGUUAAAUAAAUUAAUUAUUUCCAAAAAGCACUGAUUUAAAUCCUACUUUUUUGGUUUGUUUGUUUCUAAUGUCGUCCAUCUGCCGAGACUACUGGUUUAGUUUAAUGUAUGGCGGCUAUUUAUCCCUACAAUUUGGAUUUGCUGUUGAAUUACUACCAAAGAUCAGCAUAUCUAACCUUAUAUCUGUGUAGGGACUACAAAUGCUACCAAUAUUAAGGUCAUUUCGUAUGAAGUGCCUCCCUUUAUGACCGAUUUCAAACACAGCUUGACCUAAAAAUCUUUCACAGCCCUGACGUACCGAAGAGCUUGUUUAUUUUACAAUGUAAAUAUACAGUUUUCGUUUUGCAAGUCAUCUGUGUUCUUUUCUUACUGGAAAAUUAUUAUUUUUUCUUUUUUGUGAAAAUAAACCCGAAAGAUUGAUUUGUGAAGGAAAAAGAAAACCGCACAUUGAGUGUAAUCAUUUUAGUAAUAAAAUUUUCUGAAAUCUUAACGUCAUAA